GUCAGCUGCACAGAAACAGGAAAAGAAACCAGCAGCUACUGUUAUAUAUGGGUCUGUAGCAUUUCAUUAGAAGGCAGAGGAAGAGCUUGCCUGGAGAGUGCCUGCUGCCAGCCCUGGGCUGAGUGCUUUGACACAGCGUGCCAGUGACACAGCAGUUGAGUGUGCUUCCAGAGACACAGACACCGACACCACAAACAGUCUCACAGCAGUCAUGAGUACAGCCAGUAAGGAAUCAUUGGAGAGCAGUCUACAGCAGCUCAAAUGCCACUUCACCUGGAACCUGAGGGCAGAAGAGGAGUCCUUGGAUGAGUUUGAGGACAGGGUGUUUAACAAGGAUGAGUUCCAGAACAGUGAGUUUAAAGCCACCAUGUGCAACCUACUGGCCUAUGUUAAGCAUUGCAGAGGUCUAAACGAGGCAGCACUGAAAUGCUUAGGGGAAGCCGAAGACUUCAUCCGGCAACAACAUCCUGACCAAAUAGAAAUCAAAAGUCUGGUCACCUGGGGAAACUAUGCUUGGGUUUACUAUCACAUGGGCCAGCUGUCCAAAGCUCAGGAGUAUCUGGACAAGGUGAAACAGGUCUGUAAGAAGUUCUCUAGUCCCUACAGGAUUGAGAAUCCUGUGCUUGACUGUGAGGAGGGGUGGGCCCGACUAAAGUGUACCAAGAACCAAAAUGAGAGAAUGAAGGUGUGCUUCGAGAAGGCUCUGGAAAAGGACCCAAAGAACCCAGAAUCCACUUCUGGAUGGGCCAUUGCAAACUACCGUCUGGAUGACUGGCCAGCAUCCAAUGACUAUAUUGACUCUCUGGAGCAAGCCAUUAGCCUGUCUCCUGACAACACGUAUGUUAAAGUCCUCUUGGCAAUGAAACUUGAGGAGGUGCAUGAAAACCGAGCCAAGGAGCUAGUUGAAGAAGCCUUGAAGAAGGACCCAAGUGCAAUAGAUACAAUGCUUGGUGCGGCCAAGUUUUACGUCAAGGUACAUGACACAGACAGAGCAAUACAGUUGCUUAAAAAGGCUUUGGAAUCCAUGCCCAACAAUGCUUAUGUGCAUUACUACCUUGGGUGCUGUUACAGGUCAAAAGUCCUUCACAUACUGAACACCGAAGAAACCACAUCUAAUGGAAAUAGGGAGAAGUUAGAGGCACUGAUACAACCAGCACUGAAUCACUUACGGAAAGCGGAGGAUAUCAAGGAGAUGAUCGAAAAUUCCUGUAGUCACCUCGCCGGCCUUUAUGUCACAACAAAGCAGUAUGAAGAAGCCGAUUAUUACUUCCAGAAAGAAUUCAACAAGGACCUCCGUCCCCUCCCUAAACAGUUACUCCAUCUACGGUAUGGCAACUUUCAGUUCUACGAAAGGAAGUGUGAAGACAAAGCCAUCUACCACUAUAUGGAGGGUGUGAAAAUAAAUCGGGAAUCAAAGCCUAAAGGAAAGAUGAGAGACAAACUUCGAAAACUUGCUCUAAGGCGGCUUUCUAGAGAUGAAUCUGAUCCUGAGGCCUUGCGCAUCUUGGCAUUCCUUAGGGAAGAUAGAGAAGGCCAGGGAGCUGAUAAAGCCUCGGAGGGAGAAGAGGACCCUGGAAACCGGGUCCCUUCAGCAUCUUUGGAAUGAAAACUAGUGACACAGUGGCAGGUUUACUGCUAGAAGGAAACAGCAAACCCUUACCAAGCUGCCAUUCAAAAUACUUAACAACUUCAUGGACCAAGCAUGGACUGUCAUUCUGACUAAUAGUAUUUGUCAGAAUUUUGGGGAAUUCUGCUGUCAGGUUUUAGCACCUGAAUUGCUGGAUCAUAGGGUGUCUGAGAGAGGGACCAAACGCAGGGAGAGAUGUAGGAUCUUAGCAAACAGCGUAGGACUCUAUUUCUUUAAAAUAGUUUCCACAGUAGUAAUUCUUUAAUCACCCCCCCAAGCUUGCCUGGAGUUUGAUGCUGUAUUUAUGCAAAGCAGGCAAAUUCCUCACAUGGGUGAGUGUUCCACCGUUGAAUUACUUGAGAUGUUGCACAGCCCUGUUCUACAAUGUCCAUCAAAAGGCUGAGGAACCAGGGACUGUGGCUCGGGACUGGGAUCCUAGCACUUGGGAACUGAGACAGGAGGAUUACAGUAAGCUUGAGGUCAGCCUGAACAUGACCUGGAAGGGGUGGUGGUGGUGGGUGAUGGGAAUUAUAAAUGUAAUAUUUAAUGACUACAUAUAUUUGCCUUGCUAGUUUGAGUGUAGAUAUGUCUAUAUAACCACUAUUAAACACACACACAGAGAGAGAGAGAGAGAGAGAGAGAGACAGAGAGACAGAGAGACAGAGAGAGACAGAGAGAGAGAAGGUGGUGAUUUUGCUUUAUUGAAUAAAAUUGAGACUAACAAAAUAAUGUCCAAUAUUAAUUGAGCUCAAAAUAGAAAUUCAAUAGUGAGUCCCAGGUCUAAAAACAAACAAACAACAAAAGCUGUGGGGCCAAAUCAUUCCUCCAGUUUACCAGCCAGUCCUCAAUCUAUGGCGUCUCACACACAUGAGUUCAACUACUCCAUUAGCUCAGAGGCAGACUUCCAGAAGGCAGACGAGGAGACUUCUUAGCCACUCUUUUCUCCUAUGACUAUGUUGUUGUAUGAAAAGAAGGGGGAUUCUGUCUCCCAUCCUGACAAUUCAUAUAAACGUUUAUUUCAAGCGUGUGGAAACUUCACUGGGGAUGAAGAGAUUGCCGAUUUAUACUUGCUGAUUAUAAACUCACAAGGGAAAUGUUUAUAGUCACUGUUAGGAAGCUUUCCCUGUCAAAUGAACACUUACUUUAUUCCAAAAUGCUACAUUGGACCCAUAUUGCAGAUGCCAGGAAGGCAGCUGGCUGGAAGAAUAACUUGGACUGAAGCUUAGGUGGAGAGACUUAGAAAUGACAUGGGUAUUGGAGGUCGAGUUGUUUUCUUCCAUUAGAAAUGUGGCACAUGGAGGAAUAUAAAAAAUUCUUUUAACUCUGGAAAAAAACUAUAGAAACACCAAAAAUUUGACAACUGCCAUUUCCUAGGCAGAUCUUGAAGGGCCUAAGUGUUGAGGUUGAUGUGAAUCAACAGAGUCAAGUGGCCCAGCCUAAGAACUGUCAGCUACAUUCCGGGAUACAAAAAUGUUUCUCUACUAGCAUUAGCUUGUCUUUAUGUAUCCAUGAACAUCUUAUUUAGCAAUUAAAACAUAUAUGAGUCUCAGAUUGUUAAAACUAAACAUUCCAACAGCUGUAAUAAUGGUCUAUGAUAUUUUAAAAAUUCAAAUAUUCUCUAUGCAUUAAGUCCAUUGAUGUUUGCCAUUUGAAUUUCUGGAAAAAUAACAACGUUGUUUAUAAAUAAUGCAUGAUGGAACAUUAAGCUAUGCUCUGGAAUUGUACUGUACCUUCGCUUUUUUAGACUCAAGUGCAGAUAAUAAAGAGUAACAUUACACA